GCCACCUGUUGGAAUGGUCACAGUUUCAAAUAGCUAGUUAAGUGUUGCUAGGAUACAUUAUAACAAAUGUAACCCUCCUAUUUGUCCAGAACCUAGUCUCCUACUGUAGUAAGAAAUUUAAACUGUAUAUCGAUUAUCCUCGUAAAUAGCAGAGCCUUGCCACUUUCAUCGUUAUGCAGUAAUUGUAUGUACAUGACUAAAACCGAAAUAUUGUGAUCAAAUGGCAACAGCCUCAGCAGUGCAAUAUGGUCGACGACGGGGAUCCAGUAAAAAAAUGGUGGAAGGCAGUGAAACAUUGAAACCUCUAGAUCUCCGACAGGUCACUGUCUUGCCCAAAGCUGAAUGGCUUCGAAUUCAAGGUAGUCUAAACCGGGUGAACACACAGAAUGAAAGCCUUAAGGAAGCAUCCAGGCAAAGGGAGGAAAUGCACUUGCGUUCCAAGGAGGUGGUGAAAUUCUGGUCCAACACGAUUGCUGGGCAAAGACAAAAGAAACUAGAGGCUAAGAAAAUUCGUGAUGAGAUUGAGGAAGAGGAGAAAAAAAAGGUUGAUAUCGAGGAGGCCAAAUAUCAGGAAGAAAAAAGGAAAGAGGCGAUUGUGAAGGCCAAAGCCCAGCAGUACUACCAAACGGAUCGAGUCAAAGGAUUUCAUAGUGCCCUCAUGCUGACAGAAGUCUUGAAGGAGAGAGAGGCUCAGAUUGAACUGAAGCAAAGAAAGCUGGAGCAGUCCAAAGAUGUGGACAGGGAAGCCGUUGUUAUAACCAAACAUAAAGACAAGGAAGCCUCGAAACAAGAAAUGGAGAAAGCCGUUCGGAGGAAGCUUGAAAGCCAGGCUGUAGCAGAAGCCCUGAAACAGCAGGCUAAGGAGCAUGAAAUGGCCCGAGAGAGAGAGAGGCUGGAGGAGCAGAGGGAAGCAGAGGAGAUUCAGCGUCUGAAGAACCUCUUUCUGUUGGACGAAACCAUGAAGAAACAAAAGAACCUAGAGGAGAAGAAGCACAUCAUGAGAGAUCACAUGGAUCACUUGUCAAACAGAGAUAUCAUCAGAGCGAUAGAGGCCCAACAGCAGGAGGUGGAGGACAAGCGAAGGAAGAUGUUUGCUGCUGCUAAAGAGAAAAUGAUGAAGCUGAGAAAAGAGAAGGAGGCUGAGAUGUUACGAGAGGUCCAGAUCCACAAGGACAGGAUCACGGAGGACCUUGCCAAGCAGUACAAGGAGCAGGAAGCGAAUGAGGAAGAGAUCAUAGCUAAGGCUGUGGCUGAGCAGGAGAGCAAACUGGAGACGCAGCAGAAGGAGAAGGCCGAGAAGAAGGCCCUUGUGCUCGACUCAAUCGCCUCGCACAGAGAAGCCAUGAGAAAGGACCAUGAGUUGAGGGCGAGGGAAUCCCACCAGGAGGGUCUCGACAUGCUGUAUGCCAAAAGAGAAGCGGAUAGGAUAUUCCUUGAAAAACAGCAUCUCAAAGCUCAAAAGACCAAGGAGGACGGAAAAGUUUUGCAAAGCCACCACAUCCAUCAGAUGGCAGAGAAGCUUUCUCAAACACAACUCCUGAGAAAAGAGCUGGAGGACCUGGAGAACAUGAACGCCCGGCUGGUGGCUGAGGAGGAGAAGCAGUUCCAGCAGUAUGCCCAGCAGGUGAUGGAGGCUGCAGCGCAGGCUCAGAGGAACAUCCUCCCCCUACGCAAGGCUGCCAGGGAGGGCCUGGGAGGGGGGCAGGGCCCCGUGGUCAGGGGAGUCAGACCCAGUUACCUGGUCCAAGAUGACUCUGGCGUCCAGAUGCCCACCUACGUCUCUGAAAGCACCAUGGACAUGAAGGAGCUGAACGAGGCCACUGAUAUUCAGAAGUCCAAGAAGAGACUUGGAUUCACCUUUUAGAAGUCUCGUUACCAGAGCAGAGGGUUCCAUUAGACACAGUAGUCUUAGCUCUAAUAAACACAUGCUCAUUAAGCAUGUUUAUGCAAUAAUUUCUUUAUAGUAUAUGUAAUUUUGUUAUAAUUUGAAAGUAGUACUAGUAGUCGGUGUGAUUUUAUAAGGUGUAUUAACCCUUGUGCCGAAGGUUCACAACGACCCAUCGUUGUGCUGCGACAACUUUACCCAAUACAAAAACAAAAUAAAAAGCUUUUUCUUUUAACCUUCGCGCUGUGGGGAGUGUGAGACAGCCCGACGGUUAGGAAAAUGCUUCACUUUAUUUUUGGAUAAGGUAAAGUUGUUGCAACACGUGGGGGCGUCACAAUGACUGAAGGGUCACACUGACCCAAAGAGAACACAAGGGUUAAGGACUAAAUAAAUACAAAAAGUGAUCACUAUCACACGUGUAUGCCACAAGUGUUUGCUUUUAGGCUUGGGAGAGAUAUAAAUCUGUUGAAAAUAAAAGGUUGCUAUGGAGUAAUUGCUGCUGUGCUCAUGGGUGUUUAACGCAAAAUAAAAAUAAGUUGACAGGA